AUGAGGAAGAAGCUCGAUACCCGUUUUCCUGCUGCUCGGAUAAAGAAGAUAAUGCAAGCAGAUGAGGAUGUUGGAAAGAUAGCACUUGCUGUGCCUGUUCUAGUUUCUAAAGCUCUAGAACUAUUUUUGCAAGAUCUUUGUGACCGCACUUAUGAAAUAACUCUUCAAAGAGGAGCAAAGACCAUGAAUUCAUUGCAUUUAAAACAUUGUGUACAAAGCUAUAAUGUCUUUGACUUUCUGAGGGACGUUGUCAGCAGGGUUCCUGACUACGGCCAUGGCCAUGGUCAUGCUGAGGCUGGUGCUGAUGACCGGGCCAUUUCAAAAAGAAGGAAAGCUGCUGGUGAUGAUUGUAAUGACAGUGAUGAAGAGGCUAAGAGGAGCAAGAUGCAUGAGUUAAGCCAUACUGGCAGUACUGGUAGAGGAAGAGGCCGAGGUAGAGGAAGAGGCCGUGGCCGAGGACGGCCACCUUUAAUAAGAGACACAUAUCACCAGGAUGCUGAAUCUGAGCCUUGCACUUCUGUUCAGCCAAGCAACCAACAAAAUACAAACACAAGUGUUGCAAUGGACAGUGGUUCUGAAUCAAAGGAUAUACCAAAGGAGGAGAGUACUGCAGUUCCUGUUGUAAGCACUGAUUCACUCCGGAACAUUGAUCUGAAUGCCAGUACAAAUGAAACCGAUGACAAAAAGGCUAGCAUGGCAGCUGAUACCUCAUUGCCGGAACCUCCAACAGAGAGCAAGCACGAAGAGAUCCCGGGUUGGUCCCUUUCUGAUGUGGACAAGAUGGCCAUUGAUUCGAUGCAGCUUGCACAGCUCGGUCGGCCACUAGAAGAGGAGGAGGAAGAUUAUGAUGAGGAGGAGGGGUAA